GCUCUGCAGAUCCGCUUCCGGCGGCGCAAUAUAAGUCGCGAGGAGCGCCUUAAAUCCUGCGGUUUACGUUUAGGACCACUUGGGUUCACAAUGGUCCGUAGCGGAAAAAAUGGUGACCUUCAUCUUAAGCAGAUUGCGUAUUAUAAACGAACUGGUGAAUAUCAUGCAACCACACUGCCAAGUGAGAGAAGUGGCAUAAGAAGAGCCGCAAAAAAAUUUGUCUUCAAAGAAAAAAAGCUGUUUUACGUUGGAAAAGACAGAAAACAAAAUCGUCUGGUAAUUGUUUCAGAAGAGGAAAAAAAGAAAGUCCUACGAGAAUGCCAUGAGAAUGCCAGUGGCGCUCAUCACGGCAUAUCCAGAACACUCACUCUAGUGGAAUCUAAUUACUACUGGACCUCUGUGACCAGUGAUGUCAAACAGUGGGUAUAUGCUUGUCAGCAUUGCCAAGUGGCAAAAAAUACAGUUAUUCUAGCACCUAAACAGCACCUUCUCAAGGUGGAAAAUUCAUGGAGUGUAGUUACUGUGGAUCUGAUGGGACCUUUUCAUACAAGCAACAGAAGUCAUGUUUAUGCUAUAAUUUUGACAGAUUUAUUCACAAAAUGGGUUAUGAUUUUGCCUCUGUGUGAUGUUUCAGCAUCAGAAAUUUCUAAAGCUAUUACCAAUGUAUUUUUCUUAUAUGGACCUCCUCAGAAAAUAAUAAUGGACCAAAGAGAUGAAUUCAUUCAACAGAUCAAUGUUGAACUGUGUAGAGUGUUUGGUAUAAAAGAGAUUGUAAUUUCUCAUACCUCUGGAACUGUGGAUCCAACUGAAAGUACACCUAGAAUAGUCAAAGCGUUUCUCUCCAAACACUGUGCUGACUACCCAGACAACUGGGACGAGUACUUACCAGCCGUUUCCUUUGCCUUCAAUGCCGCCCACUUGGAGCCUGCUAAAACACCAUAUUUUCAAAUGUUUAAUCGCAAUCCUUAUAUGCCAGAGACUUUACACACUCCUCAUGGAGUAGGUGCUGAUAACACAAGCAUGUUCGCCAGGAUUCUAGAUGCAAUCAAAGAAGCUGAAAAAAUAAUGGAGACAAAAGCAACUUCGGUGGGCCAGAUGGAGAACAGUUUGAAUGGACUACAUAGAAGCAAGAUCAUUCUUAAGAAGAAACCAAAGCAGUCCAAUCCAUUUCAUUUAAAAGUGGGUCAUGAAGUUUUAAGACAGAGGAAAAAUCGGUGGAAAGAUGGUCGGUUCCAGUCGGAAUGGGUUGGACCUUGUGUCAUAGACUAUAUUACAGAAAGUGGCUGUGCUGUCCUCAGAGACAAUACGGGGAUGAGGCUUAAAAGACCUAUCAAAAUGUCCCACCUGAAGCCUUAUGUAAGAGAAUCCAGUGAACACGACAGUCUUUACCUCUUGCAAGGUUCUAUAGUGGCAGAUCAUGACUACAUUGGAUUGCCUGAAAUUCCAGUUGGAACACACCAAGCAGAUAUCCUGAUAGAAGAGUCAACAAUUGGUAUAGUCAAUAAUGAGCAACUGACAUCAAGCAAGGGCCAUGAACUGUUAGGGUACAGAAAUGUCAAAGGUGCUUCACUGAUAGAAGACCAUGGUUCUCUUCAAAAGCAGACUUUCAAUCUGUUGGACUCUUCAAACCAAGUCCUUGAAUAUUUAAGUUAGCAAAUACCAACAUUGAUUUACAGUGCUUGUUUAUAAUGUUGAUAUUGUAUCCAUUAAGAUAGGUUGUAUACGAAUAGGGUCUUAAAAUAGUUUUAAUGUCUAAAGCCUGAGUUUUAUAACUGUUUAUCUAAAGUUAUGUCACAUUUGAGUAGCAGUAUAGAUGUACACAGCAAAAAAAGCAUAUACAUUAUAUGCUUAAUAUAUGCAAAUUAUACCAGUGUACAUAUAUAUAUAUACGUGUGUUUAUAUGAAAAGAAGCAUAUAUGUAUAGAAUACAGUUCCUUUAAAUAAAAAAAAAA